AUGCUCUUCAGCAAAUCAUUCGUUGCCGCCGCCGCGGCCAUCAGCCCGGCCCUGGCCCAUUCUUCUUCACAGACAACCACAAGUGCCUCGCCACUUCUCGGACUCAACCUUUACUGGGGACAAUAUGGUCAGCCUACCGACCGACUUUCAAGCUAUUGUGAUGCUCCGGGCGUCACCUCCGUCUCUCUGUCCUUCGUCACAUACUCCCCCAAGAACAGCGCUGGAUACCCCGGUACCAACUUUGCCGGCCACUGCGGUGGCGAGGUCUACUACAAGAACCCCAAGACUGGCGAAGACACCAAGUUAAUUAUGAACUGCGAUUACGUCAAGAAGGAUAUCCAGUACUGCCAGGCCAAGGGCAUCAAGGUUCUCCUGGCUAUUGGUGGCUACUGCCCAACUGGAGGCCCCUGCAGCUACGACAUUGACAGUGAGCAGGAUGGCCAUGAAUUCGGUGAUUUGUUGCACAAGACUUUUGGUCCAUAUGAUCAGGGAUGGAACGGCCCUCGUCCUUUUGAUAUCAGCGAGACUGAGCACAUUGCUGUUGACGGUUUCGACUUUGAUCUUGAGUUCAAGUAUGCCGAUCAAAAGCCCUGGAUCAAGAUGGUCGAGAAGCUUCGCAGCUGCGGUAUCUACCAUAUUUCUGCUGCUCCCCAGUGCCCGACGUCAGACACCUGGUUCCAGCUCAAGGAGCUCAUCUACAACGCCCAAUUCGAUUCCCUCUUCAUCCAGUUCUACAACAACCCGGGCUGCCAGAUCACCGAUACUCCCAACUACGACGACUGGGAGACAGUCAUUUCCCAGACCUCCAAGAGCAAGGACGCGAAGCUCUACAUUGGUGUCCUCGCCAGCGUCGAGUCAGGAUGGAACGGUUAUGCUCCUCCUUCCACGAUCAAGGACUUGAUCUGCAAGUACCAGAGCAAGCCGCACUUUGGAGGUGUUUCCAUCUGGGAUGCCACCCGUGGCGCCAUCAACCAGAUCAAUGGACAGUCAUUCCACGAGGCCAUUGCCGAUGCUCUCAAGUAUGGUUGCAAUCCCAUCCCCGCCAAGACCUCCACCAUCAGUAUCUCGACUUCGACUUCGUCCGUGAUCUCUUCCACCAGCACCUCGUCUGUCAUUGUUUCCACCACUUCGGCAAGCUCUAGCUCCAGCUCCACGACCUCGAGCUCCAGCCAGUCCGCCUCGGCAUCCGUUUCUGCCUCAGCCUCUACCUCUGCUUCCACCUCGACUUCCGUCUCUGUCUCUGCUUCGGCCUCUGCUUCCGUGUCGGCCACUGGCUCAGCAUCAGUGUCUGGAUCAGCAUCGGCAUCUGGCUCGGGAUCUGCUUCGGCAUCCGGUUCUGCCUCAGCGUCUGCUUCUGCGUCCGCAUCAUCCUCGGCCUCGGCCUCAGCUUCACUCACCUUCUUUGGCAACUCUUCGGCGUCUGCCACUGGAUCUGCUUCGUCGCGAAUCAUUACGACAUUGAGCUCCAACGCCACUGCCACUGCUAGCGCUUCUGCGACCAAGUCUGCUACUGUCUCG